AUGCAUUUUGAAAAGAAAAUUAAAGGUCGCCUAGUAUACCGAGGCAAUGGAACUCGUGAAUGGUUAUCGCGAGAGGACACUGCAAGUCCAACUGCUUUGCAGGAAGCAAUCACCACUACUUGUGUUAUCAAUGCACACAAAGGUAGAGAUAUAAUGUCAAUGGACAUUCCUAAUGCUUUCAUUCAAACUUAUAUGCCUGAAGCUAAGGAAGGAGAAGAUCGUAUCUACAUGAAAAUCACUGGCAUGAUGGUCCAGAUAUUGAUUGACAUGGCCCCAGAGUAUCGCGAAUACGUUGUAUUAGAGAACGGAAAGUUUCAUGUUGACGAUCUUAUGUCAAGUCACAUGGAUCCGAAAGUGAAUGACGAAUUUGCUAAGUGGUUGAACAUGAGAUAUGGUUCAAUCAAGGCAUGUACAAUUGUCAGAGGAAAGAUACACAGAUGUCUUGGAAUGACUUUGAAUUUCUCGGUGAAAGGAAAACUCAAGAUCCGCAUGGACGACUAUGUCAAGAACAUGUUGGAAGAUUUUCCUGUCAAGUUCAACAAGGAUUCAAAGCAGGAAACACCAGCUAGUAACGAUUUACUGGAAGCUGGUAAAGGGAAGCUACUCAGUGCUGAGUACCGUCAGAUCUUCCAUACUACUGUUGCAAGGGGACUUUAUGUCUCUAAGAGAGCUCGUUUGGAUAUCCAUCCAACGAUUACUAUUCUUGCCUCAAGAGUUCAAGAACCUACAGAGUCUGAUUGGAAGAAGUGUAUUCACAUGAUGCUAUAUUUGUUUUGUACAUUGUUGUAUCACCUGAUACUUUCUGCAGAAUCACCACAAGUCAUGAAAUGGAUGAUUGAUGCAUCAUUUGCGGUACAGCCUGACUUCAAGAGCCAUACUGGCUGCACCUCUUCCAAGGAUGCCAAAGAAACAAAAACUAAACAGCAGGACCCAUCGCAACUUUUCUCAAACGCGCAAUUUGUAUUUGUUGAAUUCGCACAUACCCCUAUGAGGGGGUUAGUCUUUUGGUGCCAUUGCCUUGAAACCCUCAAAUCCAUUGUGAAGGAUUGGCAAAGAAACAUCCAAAUUAUUUAG